UUUGAAUACAUGUUGUGUAACACUGUAUUCGUACCACCCAAUCUAGCUGUAAUUUUGCUCUAUUAAAUAUUGCAUACCUUCCUCAGCAGCUUUCUUUAUAUAUGUUCUCUCCAUUACCAUCUCUCUUGCUCCUAAUAUCAUAUUUUCAAGAAAACAAGAUACAGGAGGAUUCUCUCUUCUCACUACAGCUUUGGUCGUAUGGAUGAUCUAAAGGAGAACAAGAACUCGCCAUGGCUAUCAGUACCACAGUUUGGAGACUGGGAUCAGAAAGGAGGAACCAUUCCUGACUACUCAAUGGAUUUCACAAAGAUCAGAGAGAUGAGGAAACAGAACAAGAGAGAUCUUUCUCGAGCCAGUCUUGGCAACGAAGAAGACCUCAUUAACCCUUUUCAUAACCAACCUACUUCAGUUGAUAAUACGAAGCCUAAACUCACGACUGUUCACAGCGACAACAACAGAACCAACACUGAGUUCUCUCACCACCAGCCACUUUCUCCAUCUACGAGGAGAGGAAUCUUCAGCUGCUUCAACUGCUGCGUUAAAGCUUGAAGGUUUUUUUUUAUAAUAGAGACGACGAUGAGAUGAAUCUUCAGCUGUUUCGAUUAUUUAUAAUAAUGAAGUGUAAUGGUAGAGUGAAACCAUUACACUUAUAUUUUUCUGCGGAAGCAGUAAAGUAUUAAUCAAGUUUGUCUGCCGUUUACUGUUAUCUUCCAGUGUCUAACUAUGUUUUUGGUAUUAAUUUGAAGUGUAGUUUAACUUUCCCAGAGAUUGAUGUUUUCAGUAUUGUGUAAUGCAGAGUAGAUUCUUUUGUA